GUAAAGCUUAGCUGGCUAUCAAGUUCCAAUGACAGUUGAUUGCGACUCUUCAGAGGAUGUUCCUUCUGAUUGGUAUGUGCAAUGUGUGGACACGGAGGUCCGUGGUCCCUGUGAUCUUAUCGCUUUGAAAUCGUUAAUUGGAACGUCAUUUGUAGACAAACGUUGCCAUGUUUGGCGGGAAGGAAUGGACUCUUGGCAAUCCGUUUGCCAGAUUCCUGAGAUUGCUGCUUUGUUCGACGAAGACUCUAGUGUGAAUGAUCCGCUCCCAAAUGAUAAUGUCUCCAAUACCGAGUUAACAGAUACAGUUACCAUUUCUCCGGUGGGAGAUGGUGAUAAGCCCUCUGUAGAUGAGGACCCCGAGCGCAUACGCAAACGCGAAAAGAAAAAACAAUACCUUCAAAGAAAGCGUGCGCGCAUUGAAUCUGGGCAGUGGAUAGACUCGAACCGCAAUUUGAGUGUCUACAUUACUGGUCUUCCUGACGAUGUUACCAGUGAGGAGAUUGCAAAUGUAUUUCGGAGAGCCGGACUAAUUAAGAUAGACCCUAUUACAACGUUACCUAAAAUUCGUAUGUACACUGAUGCCCAAGGAGUGUUUAAGAAUGACGCUCGCGUCACUUUUGUUAACAAGGAAUCUGUAGAUUUUGCUAUACGUUAUCUUGACAAUUACCACUUUAGACCCGAUUGCGUCAUUCAUGUUGAGAAGGCAACAUAUAACCCUCAGAAACGAGCGUCUAAUAGCACUGUUUCAUUAUCGGGGGAGGAGUUGCGUAAGCGUUAUUUAGCUGCGAAGUAUGAGCAGAAUCGGUUGCAAAGCUGGGAUCAAGAUAUUGACGACGGCACGGGUCGUCGCAUUGUCAUUUGCAAGCCUAUGUUUUCCACUGAAGACGCUUGGGCUCAUGAGGCGGGUGAUGUAUUUUAUGACGAUUUACGCGAUGAGGUGCAAUAUGAGAUUACAAAGUUUGUCCCUGUUGAGAAGGUGACACCUAUUGCACGACACCCUCAGGGUGUGGUUUGCGUGAAGUUGAAAACAUCUGCAGAUGCUGAGAUAUUCAUAUCACAAUUUCAAGAUCGUUUAUUUGACGGCCGUCGUUUGCAAGUUUACUUUUUUGACGGAAAGACGGAUUUGCAAGCCCAAUGUUUACCUAGCAAGGAUGCUAAGGAGGCUGCGUUGCGGCGAGCCACCGCUGAGUUAAAACAGCCUGAUGACGUCGCAUGCGACUGGAUUGACGAUCAGAGCAGUGACGAAGAGUUUGAAAUAAAGACUGAAUAGUUUACUGCAUGACAUUUUUGUAAUACUCAGGCCCAUUUUUGGCGAGUUCCACCAUCUGUGUAACGUGAAUCAUUCUU